AUGAGCAAUGAAUUCUAUGUUCUACCUUAUAAUUUAUUGUUAUCUACAAUCUCAGGUACUGGUGAAAUACCAGACAGUCCGGAGACGCCUCAUCAACAGUCGGAUCACGACAGUGAUUCAUCAGUGUUCGACACCCACAAGAGUCCCAGUCAUGCGUCCAUAGAACAACUAGACCAGAACGGCACACAUCCAUUGGGGUCCAGCUCUUCUGUGACGAGUGGAUCUAGUGGUUAUAAGCAAACCGUACGUCGUCGCGCAGCCGAGCCCGGCUCCUCCUCCCUCGACCACGAGAUCAUGAGCUGCGGCCGAGAUCUGCCCGGAAUUCACGCUAAGCGUUCAUCGUCUGAAUGCCGCGAGGCCACAUCGUCGCCCAGACGCGGUCUCGAUUCUCGAGACAAUUCGAUCAAAGACGAGUUGCGGAGAAACAAUUCCUUACGCGAGAAUAGACGCGAUGUCCUCAGGGAUAGAGACGCGGUACCCACCACGUCCAUUGCGUGA